AUGCAUGAAGAGGAAGCAUUAAAGGCUCCAAGAGCCUUGUCCCACAUCCACUCAGCUGUCACAGACCUUGUUUUCACAAGGAUUAUGGCAUGCAAAACAGCCAAGGAAUCAUGGGACAAGUUUAAAGAGUUCAUGGGAAGUGACACUACAAGAAAUAUGCAGGUUUUGAAUUUGAGAAGGGAGUUCGAAACCUUAAGGAUGCAAGAGGCUGAGAAAGUAAAAGAAUAUGUUGAUAAGUUGAUGAACAUUGUCAACAAGAUCAGAUUACUUGGGGUGGAAAUGUUGGACAACAGAAUAGUGGAGAAGGUAGUGGCGCAAGAGAAAAGAACGCUCCUAAGACUAGAGGAUGUAAAUGAAGGGGCAAUGUUAGCAACCUAUAAGGGCAAGACUGUACAAGGGAACUGCAGGAAGAAGGGACAUGCAGAGCACAAAUACUGGUUCAAACCUGGUAUACAGUGUAGGGCUUGUAAGCAAUUUGGCCAUGUUGAAAGAGUGUGCAAAAAAAAGGGAGAGCAGUCCCAACAGCAAGCUCAAACAGCUGAUGAACAACAGCCAGUGCAGGAGACAAAACAACUAUUUGUGGUCCAAACCUGUGAUGAUACAUCGCUAAUUGACAGUGGGUGCACACAUCAUAUGACACCAGACUUGAGCUGCUUUGUGAAUAUAGAUCACUCUCAUCGGUCAAAGAUUAAAGUUGGGAAUGGAGAAUGGAAGCAAGAGGCAAGGGAGAUGUUGCAAUUCAAACCCAAAGAGGUACAAAACUAA